ACCUGCACCCACUUAAUUUCACUCUCAGACAUACGGAAGAGAAGAGAGAGAGGAGGAAGAAGAAGGAGAAGAAGAAAGAAGAAGGAAGAAGAAGAAGAAGAAGAAGGAGAAGAGAGAGAAAGAGCUGAGCAUCUUGAUUCUUGAGAGCUGGGGGUCCCCAAAUACAAACCCUAAACAGAAGGAAAAGGAAUUUUUCACAUUUCUUACUAUGGCAAAUUCUAAAGGGUCAUCCAACGUUAGAAGCUUUAUGAGUUCUGGGAAACAUGCACUACUUCCUCCUAAAAGUCCAUUUCCUAGUGUUUCUCCAUCAUAUACAGAAUAUGUUCCUAAUACUGUAAUUGGAGCAAAAGCUGUUCAGAGACCAAGAGAUGGUAACAGCUAUCAUCAAAGAACUUCUUCCGAAAGUAUUUUAAUAGAGGAGCAGCCUUCUUGGCUUGAUGAUCUUCUCAAUGAGCCAGAGACCCCUGUUCGCAGAGUUGGUCAUCGACGUUCAUCAAGUGACUCCUUUGCAUAUACGGAUGCUGCUAAUGUAAAUUUUGAUAGUAUGCAAGAAGAAUUUAGAUAUGCAAAUGCAAUUCCUGGACACUCUUGGUUAUCUCAAGAAUUUGAUCAUCAGAGAGAUGCAAGGCAUGCUUCAUUCUAUACUGAACCAAAUGUAACAAAGCAGAAGAAUAGGGUGUGGGAGUCUUCUUUAUCUACCAUGAAUAAUCCCAUUGGCCUUCAUUCUCCUAGGGAGACCAUAGGUAUUCAUACAUCAGGACCAUUAAGCACUCCGCAGGAAGCAGAUGGUUUGCCUUCUACAGCAAGUGAGAAACAGGAUCCAGUUGAGUCUGGUUCACAUGAUCCGAAAGUCGCUUCUGACAGGAAGGAUACUUCUCAUGGAAAAUCAGCUGUGUCCGAUACAGAAAAUAAACGUGCCAAACAGCAAUUUGCUCAGCGUUCAAGGGUUCGGAAACUUCAAUAUAUAGCUGAGCUUGAAAGGAAAGUACAAGCUUUGCAGGCAGAGGGCUCUGAGGUCUCAGCUGAGCUUGAGUUUCUCAACCAGCAAAAUCUUAUUCUUAGCAUGGAAAAUAAAGCCCUCAAGCAGCGGUUGGAGAAUUUAGCUCAAGAGCAGCUAAUUAAAUACUUGGAGCAGGAAGUACUGGAGAGGGAGAUUGGAAGGUUAAGAACUGUGCACCAGCAGCAUCAGCAGCAGCAACAACCGCAACAACUACGACCUUCUUCGAGUCAUCGGCGUACUUCGAGCAAAGACCUUGACAAUCAAUUCGCUAACCUUUCAUUGAAGCAAAAGGAUUCUGGUUCAAGUCGUGACCCGGUAACAGGUCCAGUGCGCAGUUAGGUGUCUGGUUUGACUUCAAAUGUGUUUGUGCCUGGGUGAUUUUUGCCAAAUUGGUGAAACGAAAAAUGAUUGUCCCUUCGUGCAAGACACUGCUGAUCUCUUCCAGUCUUGGUACCGUAUACCUGUCUGUCUCUUUCUCUCCUCUCUACCCUUUUAAUUCUUUGCCGCUGUGUUCCUGCCUUUUCUGGAGUUAACAUCUUCAUCUGAAUUGAAUGCACCUGGUGGUCCCUUGCCGUAGUAUUUGUUUGUUCUACAUGGGUUGUGUGGCCUACCGGAGGUGGUAUCUGUAUGUACUGUAUGUCUAAUCAAUUAUAAUUUACAUCAGUUAUAAGCACCAUUUUUUUUAGUUUCACCCCCCCCCCCCCCCCCCAAAAAAAAAAAAAGUUCCGCUCCCACAGUGUGAACAUCUUCUGUGUGCUGUUUGGAACAGACAUUCAGUACCUGUAAUGCAUCCAUGGUGAGAAAUAACUUAUUGUGAUUUCCAAUGAAAUCCCUGAUUUACUGA